GAGAGAGAGAGAGAGAGAGAGAGAGAGAGAGAGAGAGAGGUGGCUUUUGGGCCACAUGUCUUGGUGGUGUCAGUGAGAGUGUGUACUGCAACAGACAGACACCCACAAAGCGUGGUCGUGGACCUGAGGACUUCAAGCUUGACCAUCGGAAGACAGACAAGGUGACUGGACCGGAUUAUAUUGGAUUAUUACAUGAUAUUACAUACUGGGAUUAUAUUCCGGAUUAUGACAAAAUUAUGAUAACUCAAAGCUAACUCACAGAUGAGAACUGAUACUGUACUGUACCGUCCAAGAGAAGAAAAGCUGUGACAGAGGCUAAAAGUAUCUUCAAAAGAGGAAAAGGUGGGCCGGCUCUUUUGAAUUCAGCAGUUGGAUGUAAAUACUGGAUUUUAUGGACGUCCAGUUUUCAAGUACUCAAGAAAUAUAUCAGAGGACGGAAUAAAUAUAUAUGUAAGGACACAAGAAAUAUAUGGACUCAAGAAGAUAUUCUGACUACACAAGAGUGUGCCAAUUUGAUGUGUAUGCACAGUGGAUCAGUCAAAGCUCUUCUAAACACGUGUGAUCCAGAGAGAGAGUUUCACCCACGAGGCCGACAAGGGACGGCUGCAUUUUGACAUGUUUUCUUUGUGACAUACCGUGAGUCACACAGUCCCUAGUGUCCCGGCAGAGACAGCGGAGCGAGAAGCAACCACCCAUGCACAAGCACACCUGGUUCAUGAGUCGAUACAUUCAAGACUUGCUUUGUGUUGUCACGUUUUCCACUUCAUCCUACUCCAGUAGAGGACAGACACCCCCCCCCCUUACCCCACAAACUCUCACCUCUGACCUCUAACCCUUUGACCUCUGAACCCUGACCUCUGAACCCUGACUCCUGACUAUGAACCCUCAGGGGGGUCAGUACCUCAACAAGGCGGCGGUCUUCUCCUCGCUUGGCGCUGCCCGCCUCUCCCAGCUGGCCCUGGGCUGCUCGGUGGUCGCCAUGGUGAGCCACAGUGCGGGCUACAGCGGCGGGUCGUACGGCGUGUUCUGCAUGGCGGUGUGGUGUGCGUGCUUUGGCAUGACGACGGUGGUGUUCUUCCUGGACGCCACCCGUCUCCAUGCCUGUCUGCCCGUCUCCUGGGAUAACCUGACGGUGGCAUUCGCCGCCCUGGCGACCCUCAUGUAUGUGACAGCCUCGGUUGUGUACCCGGUCUACUUUGUCAGAGCAGAGUGCCCCUACGCUGGCUGUGAGGUCCGGAACUUCCGCGUCGCCGUCACUGUCUGCUCCAUCACUGGCUCCCUGGCCUACGGCGCCGAGGUGAUCCUCUCCCGGGCCAAACCGGGCCGGGUCGUGGGCUACAUGGCAACCGUCUCCGGCCUCCUCAAGGUCGUCCAGGGCUUCGUGGCGUGCAUUAUCUUCGGAGCUCUGGCGAACGGGAGCGAGUAUUCUCGUCACGUUGCUACAAUUUACUGCGUGGUUGUCUAUGCCGUCUGCUUUGCCAUGACAACCGUCGUGGUUAUAUUGACCGUGUCCGGUCGCACAGGGUGUUUGAAGUUACCGUUCGACCGGUUUGUUGUUGUUUACACACUCCUGGCGGUUCUUCUCUACCUCAGUGCCUCCGUCGUCUGGCCUGUGUUCUGCUUCGACAGGAAGUACGGGUCGCCAGAGCGACCGUCGUCAUGCCCGCGGGGCCGGUGUCCAUGGGAUAGUAAGGUUGUCGUGGCGGUGUUUAGCUUCAUCAACCUGGCGCUGUACGUCGCCGACCUGGUGUACUCACAACGGAUACGCUUCGUAACCCAGCAACCACGGGUGUAGAACAGAAUGGAAUGGGAUAAAACUUUAUUGUACACCCUGAGGUGAACAUUCACACAAAGACAAUAUGCUUUGUCUUCCACCACCAACCACUGGUGAGGAGUAGAAUAGGAUGAGUAGGUAUACUGUAGCUAACUAUUGAGUCAGAGAGGAAGGGACUCAAUGACAGCUAACAUGACCGACUUGACUAUUCAUCAAACAAUCAAUCAAAUGUAUUUAUAGAGCCCUUUUUACAUCAGCAGAAACCCAGCCUAAAACCCAA